AUGCUUGCAAAGCUGGCGAGUAUUUACGAUCCACUUGGAUUCGUGUCGCCCAUCUUGCUCCAAGGAAAGUUGAUGUAUCGCGAUUCACGUGUGGGAAAACUACCGUGGGAUUCUUCAUUGCCCGAAAACCUAGCAAAGCGUUGGAAAACAUGGGAAUGUAACCUGCCUCCUAUCUUAUCAACACCUCGGAGUUUGGCUACAUAUCGUGAACCAAUCAAAGCGAUAGAGCUGCAUUCGUUCGGCGACGCAAGCGGUCAUGGAGUCGCUACUGCAGUUUAUGCCAUAGUUCGUCAGCCAAGUGGUACAACGCAAGGCCUGGUAGCCGCCAAAUCCAGAUUAGCGAAGCAAGGUCUCACAAUUCCUCGACUGGAGUUGGUUGCUGCACACAUGGCAGCAAAUAUCGUAGAUAACUUGCGGCGUGCUCUUGAAGGUUUCCCUGUCGUCUCGGUACACGGUUGGACCGAUAGCACUGUGGCCUUGCAUUGGAUCUGUGGAAAUGGGGACUACCGUCAGUUCGUGAACACAACAUCGACGCGUGGAGAUAUGUUCCUUCAGGAGAAAAUCCCGCAGAUUUAG